GCGCUACCAAUGACCGCCCGCCCCGGCCCGGCGAAAGGUUUUAUAUACAAGUGGAAUUCGCACUGCCAAAUUGCUAUAAGUCAAAAUAUAGGGUAGUCGGGCGGUUGACUCGUUCGUGGAGCACUGAUCGAGUCCGUACCGACGUCUUGUAUCAACGAGUUAGUGAUUUCGUGCGCGACACGCGGCUUGGGAUUAUACGCGUCCUGAACACUCGAUCCUCGGGCCAAUGCACCGUCCCUGGAGGCCUUUGUAGUCAUUUGUUUAACAGGCGCAUCAGACUUUGUGUGAUAACAUGGGGUGCAGUGGAAGAUUAUAUUUUCUGACUCUGGUUUUGUGCGUUGUGACUGAACUUGCGAUAGGUGUGAGAGUGGUGCCCAAGAGAAAGAAAGAAGCUAUCGGUGCCGCAGACGACCAAUCAACGUCAGCGUCAUGGUGGCAAGCGGGCACAGCCACACCGUUCCGCGAGAGCUCAAGCAGCGCCUUCUCCUCCACCCACGGCCUGGUGCAGACACACCCCUCGGGGGCUGAUCCCUUCGCCUCCUUCGGAAGCAUUGGGAGCACUUCUGGACCAUCAUCCAACCCAUUCGCCUCCAGCGGCAGCGGUCCGUUAAGUGGCGGCGUUCGAAGCAACCCUCUGCCAUCUUUGGCUAGGAAUGCCAAUGGGAAACCUUCCCUGAAGCAUCUGGACUUCACAAGCAGUGCUACUGCUGAGCUGAGGAGGAACCCAGCACUGUCGGCCCCUGAUGAGUGCGCUCGUGCCUGCAGAGAAAACGAACCACCCAGGAUCUGCUACUACCACUUCACCUUGGAACUGUACACAGUUUUAGGAGCGGCGUGUCAAGUAUGCACACCGAACGCUACGAACGUGGUAUGGUCGCACUGCCAAUGUGUGCUGGCCGAUGGUGUCGAGCGAGGAAUCCUCACAGCGAACAGAAUGUUGCCAGGACCUUCCAUCCAAGUGUGCGAGAACGACAAAGUAGUCAUUGAUGUAGAGAACCACAUGGAGGGUAUGGAAGUGACCAUUCACUGGCAUGGAAUCUGGCAGAGAGGCUCUCAGUACUACGAUGGAGUACCAUUUGUGACACAGUGCCCAAUCCAACAAGGAAAUACUUUCAGAUAUCAAUGGCAAGGUAAUGCUGGUACCCACUUUUGGCACGCUCACACUGGACUUCAAAAACUAGACGGUUUAUAUGGCAGCAUCGUUGUACGUCAGCCUCCUUCCAAAGACCCUAACAGUCACUUAUACGACUACGACUUGACUACCCACGUGAUGUUGCUCAGCGAUUGGCUUCACGAAGACGCCGCUGAGAGGUACCCUGGUCGUCUUGCCGUCAACACUGGUCAGGAUCCCGAAAACGUACUGAUCAACGGGAAGGGACAGUUCAGGGAUCCUAACACCGGUUUCAUGACCAACACACCACUGGAAGUAUUCACGAUCACUCCUGGCAGAAGAUACAGAUUCAGAAUGAUCAACGCUUUCGCGUCCGUGUGCCCCGCGCAGGUCACUUUCGAAGGCCACAAUUUAACCAUUAUUGCGACUGACGGCGAACCGGUGCAUCCUGUACAAGUAAACACCAUCAUCUCGUUCUCAGGCGAACGAUACGACUUUGUAAUCGAAGCGAACAAUAUUCCUGGAGCCUACUGGAUUCAGGUCCGAGGUCUGGGCGAGUGCGGUAUCAAGAGAGCACAGCAAUUAGGUAUCCUCAGAUACGCGAGAGGACCCUACCAACCGUCCUCGCAGCCUCCCACUUAUGACGUUGGCAUUCCUCAAGGAGUGGUGAUGAACCCGUUGGAUGCCAGGUGUAAUAUUUCAAGGAAUGACGCUAUUUGCGUCAGCCAGCUCAAGAACGCCAAGCACAUCGACCCGGCCAUCCUUCAAGAAAGGCCUGAUGUUAAAAUCUUCUUGCCUUUCCGUUUCUUCGUCUAUAGGCCAGAGAUGUUGUUCCAGCCGAACACUUACAACAGAUAUUUAGUUGCUCCUGGUGGAGACCACGUAAUCAGUUUGAUAGACGAAAUCUCAUACAUGGCGCCGCCCGCGCCACUGAUCAGUCAAUAUGACGACAUCAACCCAGAACAGUUCUGUAAUGGUGACAACCGUCCCGCUAACUGUGGACAGAAUUGCAUGUGCACGCACAAAGUGGACAUACCGCUUAACGCUGUUGUUGAAGUAGUAUUGGUAGACGAAGUUCAAAUCGCCAACUUAUCUCACCCGUUCCACUUGCACGGUUACGCCUUCAACGUCAUCGGUAUCGGUCGAUCACCUGACCAGAACGUGAAGAAAAUCAACUUGAAGCACGCUCUCGACCUCGACAGGAGAGGUUUGCUUGAGCGUCACCUGAAGCAGGGAGACCUGCCUCCAGCGAAGGACACGAUCGCUGUCCCCAACAACGGCUACGUCAUCGUCCGUUUCAGAGCCAACAACCCCGGCUUCUGGCUGUUCCACUGUCACUUCCUGUUCCACAUCGUCAUCGGCAUGAACCUGGUCCUGCAAGUGGGCACUCAGGCUGACCUGCCGCCCGUCCCUCCCAACUUCCCCACAUGCGGUGACCACCUCCCUCCCAUCACGCUCCACUAAAUUGGUUCCUAGACAAAUUGCCCAGUUUUAUCAUGUGCAAAAAAGUACAGCACACAGCUAUGUACAGUUGAUUUAAAUAUGUUAACUAAGUGUAAAUUUAUGUUUGUUUUGUGUGAUGUGUCCGGUAGAUUCGAAGUGCUCGAUUCUGCCGUUUGUGUUUAUUUUUUUUACAAGAGUGAUUCAAUGGGAGUUAAUGAUGGUUUGUGAUUUUAUUUAACGAUGAUGCACUGUUUCUACGAGUUGACUUCAAUUUUAAUUUUAUGCCAUAUUCGGUGAUAUUUUCUUAAUUACGUUUUAAUUAUUGAUAUCGCCUAUAAUAUGUACUUUGAGGCUCUUGAACCAACAAUUUUACUUUCGCGUAUGGAGUAUAGUUUUAACAUGACUUGGUCGUCCUGUAACUAACAACUUGCCAUUAUAAUUUUAUUUUCACCAAUGAUAUAUUUAUUACUUGUAUAUAUUAAAAAAAUACUUAUUAGACCUACUUGCUUAGAAUUUUAAGACAUUUGAAACAUUUCCAUCCCAAUUCUGCAUGCAUUCCCAUUUAUGAUAAACUGUAAAUAUCUUACUGCGGAACUUAUGUAAAUACACAGUAGUAUGAUCACACUGUAUCACUCUCCGUACACAAACGAAGACUGUAUAUUAUUAUGUAGACUAUAGAUAUACAGAUAAGCACACGUGAGGUUAUUAAUUAAGACAUUUUGCUCAUUGUGUCGGCUACUAGAAGUCAUUGUGAUUGUGCCAACGAAAAUUCCAAAAUGUCGGAGUGUCCUAGUCGACCGAGUGCGACAACUUACAACGAACAAUAUCGCAGGGAAGUAGGUAUAUUUUGCUAUCAGAAAAGCGAAUGAUACGAUUUAUCAUAUUAUUAUAAAAUUACUAUAAGAAUGUAAAAUUUUAUACCAUUUAAUAAAAUCUAUGAAAAAUA